GGAAGCGCAAGAGUUCAAUACUGUCGAUCUGACAGCUGUCCCGGUUUAAGCUUUGACCGGCGUUUCGGCACCUGAUAACAGAACCGCAGGUCUGAGGGUUGAUUCGUGCGAUAUAACUUGAUAAAGUCUCCCUGUCAUGGGCGCUCACUUCCUCUGAAGCAGUUCAGUCCUGUCUGCAUGACUCCAGGGACUGAGAAAAAUUUACCAGGCAUCUGCCCUUUGAGAAGACUGCAGAAAACGAUGAAGUCCCAGGGGUUAGUAUCAUUCAAGGAUGUGGCUGUGGAUUUCACCCAGGAGGAGUGGCAGCAACUGGACCCCGCUCAGAGGACCCUGUACAGGGACGUGAUGCUGGAGAACUACAGCCACCUGGUCUCCAUGGGGCAUCCGGUUUCCAAACCAGACGUCAUCUCCAAGUUGGAACAAGGAGAAGAUCCGUGGAUCAUAAAGAGAGACAUAUCAAAUUGGUUUUUUCCAGACAGGAAGCAUCGCCCUGAUGACCCCCAGUCAUGUAUUUUGGGGUCCUUUUCCUUCCAUAAUAAGACACUGAAAGGUGUCACAAAGGAUGGUUCUGUGUGCUCCAUUUUGAAAGUAUGUCCAGGUGAUGGCCAAUGGCAGAGAGGUCCAGAAAACCAAGACAGACUUUCCAGUCAAGUUACAGUUAUCAGAAACAAGACGGUGACUGUGGAGUCAGGCCAUAAAUAUAACACCUUGGGGACAGUGUUUGAAGAGUUCAUAGAGCCAGAUACUUCAAGACAAAGACCCUGUAACUAUGAAGCAUUUAAAACGUACUUGAAAUCUAAUAUUGACCUACCUCGUUGUGAUAAGACUAGUUCAAGAAAAACCCCUGAUGCAAGUUUUGGAUGCGGAAAAUCAUUUAGCCAUGAUGUGUCCAGUUCUGAUCUUGAGAAAAUUCAAAAAGUAGUAAUACCCUCUGAUGGUAACCGGUGUGGAAACCUUUUCAGCAAUAAACGAUCCCUUAUUCAUUAUAAGGAUACUGCAACUAAAGAGAAGACCUGUAUAUGUAUCACAUGUGGGAAAGGCUUUGCUAAGAAGUUACAGCUUAUUGUACAUCAACGAAUUCAUAGUGGAGAGAAACCUUAUGAUUGCAAUGCAUGUGGGAAAGCUUUCAGUGAGAAGUUUCACCUCAUUGUACACCAGAGAACUCAUACUGGGGAGAAGCCUUAUGAAUGUCCUGAAUGUGGAAAAGCCUUCUCUCAGAAAUCAUCCCUCAUUAUACAUCAGAGAGUUCACACGGGGGAGAAACCAUAUGCGUGUAGUGACUGCGGGAAAGCCUUCUCCCAGAAAUCACCCCUCAUUAUACAUCAGAGGAUCCACACUGGGGAGAAGCCUUACGAAUGCAGGGAGUGCGGCAAGGCCUUCUCCCAGAAGUCACAACUGAUUAUCCACCACAGGACUCACACUGGGGAGAAGCCCUAUGAGUGUGCCGAGUGCGGGAAAGCCUUCUGUGAGAAGUCCCACCUCAUCAUACAUAGCAGGAUCCACACUGGAGAGAAACCCUACAAGUGUGCUCAGUGUGCAGAGGCCUUCAGCAGGAAGACAGAACUCAUCACACAUCAGUUAGUUCACACUGGGGAGAAACCCUAUGCAUGUCCUGAGUGUGGGAAGGCCUUCUCCCGCAAGUCACAGCUCAUCAUCCACCAGAGAACACACACUGGAGAGAAACCCUACAGGUGCAGUGAGUGCGGCAAGGCCUUCUGUCAGAAGUCGCAUCUCAUUGGACAUCAGAGAAUUCACACAGGGGAAAAGCCUUACGUGUGCACUGAGUGUGGGAAAGCCUUCUCUCAGAAGUCCCACCUGCCAGGACACCAGCGCAUUCACACGGGAGAGAAGCCUUACAUCUGUGCUGAGUGUGGGAAGGCCUUUUCCCAGAAGUCAGACCUGGUUUUACAUCGGAGAAUUCAUACUGGGGAAAGACCCUAUGGGUGCACUGCGUGUGGGAAAGCCUUCAUCCAGAAGUCCCAGCUCACUGUGCACCAGAGAAUUCACAACAGUGGGAAAACCUUAAUGAACUGAGUGCAGAAAAGCCUUCAGUAUUAGCUCAAGCCUUAAUAAAUACUAGAAUCCUGAGUAAUUUGAUAAGUUUGUGAAAAGCAUAUUAUAUGUAAAAUUUUACAAGAGGGUUCAUGUUUAUAGUGUGAUGAUACCUAAUUCUUUCAGCAGUGAUGGAAAAUUAAAUCAUCAUGGUAUGUAAAGCUUUUUAACCUAUGAUUUGAAUGGUCAGUAGAACAAAUUAUGUAUACAGAAUGUUAUCAAGUUACAUAUUCUUUAUUAUACCAUGUAACAAUAACCAGACAUUGUGAAAUUGCUAAUAUUGGCUUAUCAUAAUUUUGGCUAUACAGCCAUGGCCUAUAAAGGACAUGAAGAAAGCUUGAGUAAAAAAAGAAAAAUCAAUUCCUAGAAAUUGCAUUUUAAGGAGGGACUUAGCUUGACCCCUAAAGAUACAUGUAAAAUUCUUAUAUGAAGAUGGAAAGGUAGGUUAACUGAAUUUAAUAAAGGUGCUAUUUAUGUGUUUUCUUAUCUCAAAUGUGUAAGUCCACCUAUAUCUCUGGAAGUUCCCUGGACCUUGAAAUUGAUGCUUCUGGACCAGGUCUCCCUUUUCUUCUACCUCACUGAGGAUUUGGAAUGGGGGAAAGACUUGGGCACAGAACCAAAUGGUCUUGGGUUUAAAUCCUGGCUCAACGAUGCAGAUGGUGUGACUUCAGGCAAGCCUGCUUCACCCACCUGAAUAUUUGUUCUUAUUGGUAAAUAAAAGUACAAUGCAGAACACAGUUUUAGUUAAUGUUAGUUCUUUGUAGUCUUUACUCUCUACCCUGCUGCAACAGAAUGCUAAGACUAAUGUUUACAAGACACAUCUGAACUUGCUUUGUAUCCCAGACACCCUC